GGGUGCUUCAAAGUCUGUCCCUUCCCCAACCAGACACAACUCCAUCUCUUGGCCGCAGCACAGCCGACUGCGCGAGCCAUGACCCAGCUCGCCGAGCUCCGCAAGCAGGAAGGAAACCAGUUCUUCCAGGACCAGCUCUACGAGAAAGCGAUUCAGGCGUACACCUCCGCCAUUAUCCAUGACAAUGGCAAUGCAGUCUACUACACCAACCGAGCACUGUGCCGCCUCAAGCUCUACGAAUAUACCAAAGCUCGCCAAGACUGUGAGCGGGCUAUUGAGCUGAACCCGAAAGCAGUUAAGGCUUGGUACUUUCUCGGGCAGGCACUCUUGGAAGACGAUGAGUCGAUAGAACGGGCGGUCGUCUGUCUUGAGAAAGCACACCAGCUUGCCAUCGAAACCAAGAUGAUUUCGUUUGUCAAAUCGAUCGACAAGACGUACCUCCAAGCGCGCAAGAAGAAAUGGGAACGUGCCGAACAGCGCCGCCGAGAGCGAGAGAACAGCUUGCUCCCGUUCCUGAAGCAGCUUAUCGUACGCGAGCGAGAUUCGAGGCUUCAAUCCCAUGUGGCCGACACUACGAGCAGCGCGGAAGAACUUGUAAGCCCUCGCGGACGAGCGCCAUCGACGCAGAGCCGGGACGAGCGGAUUGCGCAAGUCGAGAGGCUGUUCAAGGACUUGGAUGUGCUUCGCAAGCAGCAAGAGGAGCGACGAUUCGUGCCUGACUGCUUCCUGGGCAAGAUUCACUUUGAAGUCAUGACCGAUCCAGUCGUCACCCCAGCGGGAAUCACGUACGACCGCAGCGAGAUCCUGGAGCAUCUCGAUCGCAUUGGAGGCUACGAUCCCGUCUCGCACACGCCGCUUGAUGAGGCCGACUUGGUACCAAACCGGGCUCUCAAAGAGGCGAUCGACGAAUACCUCAACGGGCAAGGAUGGGCUGUCGACUAUUGAAUCGCCAUCAGCAUCGGAUGAAGAAGAAGAGGCCUCUGACGGCGUGUGCGCCUCAGAAGUGGUCCUCUGCAGCGUGCUCGCUGGGUGGCUCAUCCGCAUCUGCCCCGGGUCAUGAAUAUAGACGUAUACACUGAACGCAUCCGGGUGCCCGCCACUGCUCCCGCCGGUCGACAUGUUCGGAGGCUGCCACAACAGCGCCAUAAUCUGGACGACUAAUACCAGCGUUUUCUGGAACAGGAGUGCGACAUGCAAAUCGGUCAUUGUCCGAAAGCGUUGGCGGAGCUUGGUGUCAGCAAUCCAAACCUGCGCUCAAGCAUCGGGGCACUUGCUGUACCAAAGGCUCAAUCAAGCAUCCUGCAGAUGCUCCCCUCCAGCAGCUUCUGCAGCCGCCCUUGCAAUAUCGGCUGUCCCACUAUUCUAGA